AUGGAGUACACGGGGAGCCAAUAUAUUGGGGAAUAUGUAGACGGGAGGAUGGAGGGCGAAGCCGAAUACCUCCUCCCUACCGAAACAAAGUAUGUUGGGGAAAUGAAGGACGGCAUGUUUCAUGGCCAAGGAACCCUGUACUUCCCCAACGGGAGCCGCUAUGAUGCCAUUUGGGAAAAGGGACUGGCCGUGAAGGGCACGUACACCUUCUCGGACGGGCUGCAGUACGAUCCCGAGCACUGGCAUUACUGCGACGGCUAUGACCGGAGGUUUUACACCGAGAUCUGCUAUGGCUUGAAGCCUGCAGGGAUCUCUCAAGUCACCAAUAUGGACCCGCCUAGAAAGAUCCCUGAAGGCUGUUACGAUUGUGGAGAUGGCUUCUAUGACCCGGUCACAAGGAUAAUCAAAGACUAUAGGAACCGCUUUUUGAGAAAUGCAGAUGAUGAUGAGCACGAGUGGAUCAUCAAGACGUGUCGCAAGGGUUGGGACGAAAUCGUGGGUCACCGACCCAAGCUGUGAGCUCUGCAGCUGCCCCCAUGAGAGGUCUCCUCUA